UCUUCUUUAUUUAAGUGCCCUUUAGGACAUCAAGAAGUUAGUUUCAUUUAUGUUCUUUUCGUUACAAGAAAAAAAAAGGGUUCACCCACCGGCUGUCGCUAAAAUGAUUGUCCUAAGCCUAAUUUCAAUUACAAGAUGCUUCAAUGGUUGCAAGGAUCACACCAAAGUCUCCGGUCCCGGGACGAGAAUUUGGAACUUUAGCGACCGGCCAAUCGAGCUUCAAGUAAGAGUCGGAUCGAUCCUUAAAAAGGCGCACACUUUGAAGCCCGGAUCGUCGAAAAGGCUCAAGGGCAAGAAAAUUUACAAAGCGUAUAUGCCCGGAAAAGCCAAGGGGGGCGACGGAAUUUCGAGCCUAAUUUAUUAUUACGACGAAACGUGUCAUCCUUACAUUUGGAUUCAUGACACGGGGUGCGAUUUUUCGAGAAUGGUUAAACAACAGUAUAUCAGUCUCGAGGAAUUGAAAGAGUGCUCGGAGAUUAGAGUUUUUAGGGAUCAUCAAAGAGGGUGCAUUACGGUUCGUAAGAAGUCGAGGCCCGACUUUUGUUGAGACCUAAUUUGUGGAUCGAAUCAGCCAUUGAAAUAGUCUCGAAAUCGUUGAUUGGUUCCCUCUUGGAUGAGAUAUUGGCAAACUCCCAUAUGCAGCAGCUUUGUUUGAUCGAAUUCCUUAAAUGUGUGCUUUUGUGCUUUAAAUCAUACAUAAACCUUUGGAA